UUUUUAUUAAAAACCCCCCAAAAAUCGGAAUUAAUUCGACCACUCCCCCUUCCCCCCCCCCUUCCCCUCAGAGGCCUCUGAGGGCGCCGGCGAGCGGCUCCCGCCCCUUUUUUAUUCCCAAUUUUUCUCUUUUUUUUGUCCAUUUUUCCUUUUUUUUCCCUCAAAUUUUCGCUAAAAUUACCCGGAACACCCAGGAGAUGAAGCGAGGAAGGAUUAAAAGGUGGGCACAGAAUGGAAAUCUCCUGGAUUUGGCUCCUGGUGCUGCUGGCGGGGACAAAGGGACAGCAAAAAUCCAAAGAAUCUCAAGUUCCUGACCAACCCAGCUCCCUCCAGCUCCAUCCUUUACCCUCAGGGAUCUCCUUGAACUGGAGCCCCCCCCUGAACCCCAAAAUUUUCAUUCGGGGUUUUCUUCUUUCUUAUGGCUUGGGCAGUCCCUAUGCUCACACUGUGACCUUGGACAGCACCCAAAACUCCUACAAAAUCCUUAAUUUAGAGCCCAAUUCCCAUUACGUGGUUUCCCUCAAAGCUUUCAACAACGCCGGCCCGGGAAUUCCCCUCUAUGGGAGUGCAACCACCAAAGCUGCAGCCCCGAGUUCUCCUCCCAAGGAUCUCACGGUGAUUUCCCGACAAGGAAAAUUCCGGAACGCCGAGCUGAGCUGGCAACCCCCAGUGGAAGCAAACGGGAAAAUUACAGGUUAUACAAUCUUUUAUUCCCCGAGAAAAAACGCUCCAAUCUCGGAAUGGAUCCCUCAGGCUGUGGGAGCCGAGCGCCUUUCCCAGCCCAUCCCUGAGGCCUUGCUGGACUCCGGAUCCUUCUUCAGAAUCCAGGCCAGGAAUUCCAAAGGACCGGGCCCCCUCUCCGAAUCCAUCUAUUACCGUUCUCCUAAAGAGGUUCCCAUCGGUGAAAAAAACCCAAAUUCCAACCCUGGGGUUUUGCUGUUGAUUCUGGGAAUUUCUGGAGGCGUCUCUGCGGUGGCGGCGGCCGUGGGAGCCUGGAUCUGCUCCAAGAAACACCAGGAGAGGAAAAAAAAGAACCAAGGCAAAAGAACCCUGAGCCAGACCGAGCCCAGACCUCCGGAUUUGUGGAUCCACCACGAGGAGAUGGAGCUGAAAAAUGUGGAAAAAACCUCAGAAAAUUCAAAAGCGAUGGCUCCGAACCCCCAGGAAAUCCAAAAUGAACCCAAAAAUUCAGAAAUGGAACCGGGAAAUCCAAAUAUUCCACAACCAGUUCCUGAGCCUGAACAUUCCGGAAUCGGCCGCAGAGGAAAACUCAAUGCUGCUGUGGUGAGUGGAAUCCCAGUGCCCAACCCGGAGCCGCCGUUUCCCCAUUUGCCCCUGAGGCCGCUGCCUUUCCCCAGCUUGCCCAAUAAAAUUUUGGGCGAAUCUGAGGCAGGAAAUCCCGAGGAAAUUCCCAGCAGGAUCAUCCCCACCGCCUGCGUCCGUCCCACCCAUCCCUUGAGGAGUUUUGGCAAUUCCUUCCCCCCUAAAAUCUCCUACAAUUCCAUCCUCCACCAAGCCCCUUUCAAGCCUCCGCUCCCCACGGCUCCGGAAGCUUCCGAGGACCUCAAGAAUUCCUUCAAUGUUUACGAGCAGGACGAGCUGAGCGAACAGAUGGCGAGCCUGGAGGGGCUGAUGAAACAACUGAACGCCAUCACCGGAUCUGCUUUUUAAAAAAUUCCCCAAAAUUCC